AUGCCCGGGGCGCCCGUGCUCCUGCUCGGCUUCCUGCUCGCCGUCACCGGUGGUGGACGCGUGGAGGUGCCUGCGGCGGCCGCGUGGUGGUGCCUGUACCCACACUCAGGCGGCGGCCGCACGGAGGUGCCUGUACCCACACUCAGGUGUCCCCCAGGUGUCACUCAGCUGUCCCCCCGUGUCCCCACAGGCGGCGGCCGCGUGGAGAUGCCUGUACCCACACUCAGGUGUCACUCAGGCGGCGGCCGCGUGGAGAUGCCUGCAGUGGCCACGUGGCGGUGCCUGUACCCACACUCAGGCGGCGGCCGCGUGGAGGUGCCGCGCAGCGUGACGGCCGUGCUGGGCCAGGACGUGGUGCUGCCGUGCCGGUACCGGGCGCAGGAGCAGGAGCAGGUGGUGCAGGUGACGUGGCUGAAGCGCGGCGGCGGCGCGGGCGCGGUGCCCGCCGAGGUGGCCGUGCUGAACCCGCAGCACGGCGAGCACGUGCAGGAGCCCUUCGUGGGCCGCGUGCUGCGCCACGGGCACGGCGACCUCGGCGACGGCGCCAUCGUGCUGCGCAACGCCGUGCAGGGCGACGAGGGCGACUACGAGUGCCACCUGAUCACCUUCCCCAUGGGCAACUUCGAGGGGCGCCUCACGCUCAGGGUGCUCGUGCCACCGCUGCCCAUCCUGAACCCGGGCCCGCCGCUGGAGGAGGGUCAGGGCCGGACGCUGGCGGCCUCGUGCACGGCCGAGGGCAGCCCGGUGCCGUCGGUGCGCUGGGAGACCGAGGUGCGCGGCACCAACGCCACGCGGCGCUCGGCCCACGCGCGCUCCGCCUCCGUCACCAGCGAGUUCUUCCUGGUGCCCGGGCGCAGCAUGAACGGCAAGAGCCUCACCUGCGUGGUGGCACACCCCGGCCUGCGCCACGAGAAGAGGAUCACGCACACGCUCAGCGUCGCCUACCUGUCGGACGCGUCGGUGCUGGGCCACACGGCCGAGUGGCAGGAGGGGAUGGAGGGGGCAGCGCUGACCUGCCUGGGGGACGGCAACCCCCCCCCGACCUUCAACUGGACACGGGUGGACGCGCCGCUGCCCGCGGGUGUCAGGGUCAAGGGGGACACGCUGCUGUUCCAGCGGCCGCUGGCCGUGGCCGACGCCGGUGACUACGUGUGCCGGGUGUCCAACCGGGUGGCCGCCAAGGAGGCCCGGGCCAACGUCAGCAUCCGGGGACGCGCCACAGAGGACACGGUGCGCCGCGUGGACCUGGUGUCGGCCUCGGUGGUGGUGGUCGGGGUCAUCGCCGCCGUCCUGCUCUGCGUCCUCGUCAUCGUCGUGGUGGUGAUGACGCUGUACCACAAACGCAAAACACAGCGCAUCUCCGAGAAAUACGAGGAGGAGCUGACGCUGACCCGGGAAAAUUCCAUCCGGAGGCUCCACUCCAGCCACAGCAGCGACCCCCGGGCACAGCUGGAGGAGACGCUGCAGCUGCGCACGGAGAGUCGUCAGGGCAGCCUGAGGGGGGACAGCCUGCGAGGGGACAGCCUGAGGGGGGACAGCCUGAGAGGGGACAGUCUGCGUGGCACCAGCAUCUGCUCCGCCAUGAGCGAGGAGCCCGAGGGCCGCAGCUACUCCACGCUCUCCACGGUGCGGGAGAUCGAGACGCAGACCGACGUCCCCGUGGUUGUCCCCGCUGUCCCCGCGGUGCCGCCGGCGCCCGGCGGGAAGGAGCCCAAGGAGGAGGAGGAGGAGGGUGGGGGCGGCGGGGGGGACCCCAUCAAGGCGGCCAUGACGCACUUUGUGCAGGAGAACGGCAUGCUGCAGGCCAAGCCCAGCUCCAACGGCAUCUACAUCAACGGCCGCGGCCACCUGGUGUGA